AUGAGCUAAAAAAUUCAAAAAAGCUAAUUGCAAAUUCUUUCAAAAUCUAAGCAAAUGAAAGUAAAAGAAGGGUGUGAUGAAGUGAAUAUUUUUAAUUCUUACAUUUCACUGCAUACUGAAGAAAGAGAUAAUCAUCACAAAGAUUAUAAGGAUUAAGAAAAGUAACAAAGAAAGGAGUCAGAAAGAAAUUGUCAAUCAGUUAAAAAAACAGAGAUGUCAACGCAUUAAUAAAGAAAAAGGCAAUCAUAAUCUGCACAUUAGAGCUCAGCUGUUAAAGUUCAAUUUCAAACACCAUUAUAAAAGAGAACACAUCGAAAAUUUUAUAAAACACCAUUCCCAAAAUAAUGA